AUGGCAGCCUACAGAAUGGGACAAGAACUUCGAUGUGUCCACUUAGCUCAACAGCGCCAAGCUAGAAUUAAUGCCAUUGAAACAGCAGUAUGGUGUGGCUCCCUUGCUCCAGGUUCCCAAGAACUGGAGGCUGCAAAUCUAGCUAUAGAUGCUGGCUUCCACCAUAUUGAUACUGCUUUUGCCUACCAUGUAGAAGAGGAGAUAAGACAGACCAAUCAAAGCAAGAUUAAAGCUGGGGUUAUAAAGAGAGAAGACAAGUUCAUCACUACAAAGCUUUGGUGCACUUGCUUUCGACCAGAGCUGGUCCGGCCUGCUUUAGAAAGAUCACUGAAAAGCCUUCAGCUGGACUAUGUUGACCUUUACGUUAUGCAUUACCCAGUGCCAAUGAAGGCAGGGGAUGAUGAUUUUCCUUCAGAUAAUGAAGGAAAUUUUCUAUUGGACUCAGUAGGUUUCUGUGACACAUGGCAUUGGUUGGAGAAGUGUAAGGGUGCAGGAUUGAUCAAGUCCAUUGGGGUGUCGAACUUUAACCACAAGCAGCUAGAAAGAAUCCUAAAUAAACCAGGACUUAAGUACAAACCUGUCUGCAACCAGGUUGAAUGUCAUCUUUAUUUGAACCAGAGUAAGCUACUGGAUUACUGCAAAUCAAAAGACAUUGUUCUCAUGGCUUAUGGUGCUCUGGGAACCCAAAGAUACAAAGAAUGGGUGGACCAAAACUCUCCAGUUCUCUUGAAUGAUCCAGUUCUUUGUGAUGUGGCCAAAAAGAACAAGCGCAGUCCUGCCCUGAUUGCACUUCAAUACCAGAUUCAGCGUGGGGUUGUGAUCCUGGCAAAGAGUUUUGAAGAGCAUGAAAUGAAACAGAAUUUGCAGGUUUUUUGAAUUUCAGUUGUCUCCAGAGGACAUGAAAACCCUAGAUGGCCUGAACAAAAAUUUUCGCUAUCUUCCAGAUGAGUUUUUUGCUGACCACCCGGAAUAUCCAUAUUCUGAGGAAUAUUAACAUGGGAACCUGGUCAUGACUUGUGCCUGAUAUCUCUGUGUGUGGGCAAUGAUGCUGGUGAUCUGUCUCCGGUGCAGUUGGGUGGACAUGUCAUUUCUGAUCAAUGAGGGUUGCUUAGCAACUCAUAUUCGACUGAAGUACCAGCUAAUGGUCUCAAAGAAAAGGAAUUUAUUUUUUUUUAAUUUUUUAUUUAACUUUUAUUAAUUACACUUUAUUCCUUUUAAUUUUUAUGAUUAUUUAAAAAUAAAUAUAAUGUUUUCACUCAAAA